AUGCCCGAGCCUCUGAGUGAGUCCUCGGGCCCGGUACAGUCCAUUCGCCGCGCGGUUACUCUGCCCACGAAGUUACACCCGCAGGCGCAACGCGGUUCGGCUGCGCCAAAUCUCUCGGAAAAUGUCAUCUUCUAUCAUCCCUCUGCAAAGAUUGUCCAUUUCGCGCCCAGGGCGCUUGUACCGAUCCCGUCAAGUUCCGCGCCGUCCGAUUUCGACUACCCCGUUGACACGAUCGAGACCCUCCCCUGGCGCUCGGCCACCGAACGAACUGUCGCAACUGCACCCCUCAGGUUGGAAAGAGGGUUGACUGUGUUCUUGAAGUGUGGAAAUGUCGUCCGUGCGAUCCUGAAAAACUCACAAUGCUGGUGUGUGGACGGCGUGUCCAAGUUCGUGUUGCGCAUUCGCCCUCUCACCUACUAUCGCAUCGAGUUACCACAUGAGACUGCGGAAGAUAAGGUACUAGUGGAGGAUCUUAAGGCUGCAUUGCCGACUGUUCUUCGAUAUGAGGUCACACCAUGUCCCUUUAAGCGCGCGUUUACCGUCGACUUGCCCGAGGAAGCCAUGGCACCACGGCGCAAGAAGGCAUGGAAACCCAAAGAACGCAAAGAUGGCGUUCCUUCACUCUUGGGGAGCAACCAAGGUUUCCUUUGUGAUGGCAGGUCGGAUUGGCUCGAUUCUGCUAGUACCGGCGACGACACAGAUGGAGCUGCCACGGACGACAGUGGGUUUACACCCCAAAGGACUGACAGCAUGACAUCCGAGGCUGUACCGGUCAGUGAGGAAUCGCCAGUUUUCAUCGCUGAUGCCGAUAAUUCCUCCCACCCGGCGCUAGCCAGACGCUGCGUUACGGAGAUGCCGCAGACUUUCACUAGCCUGCGGGCGAAAUUCGACGCUCCUCCUGUUCUGGAAGAACCUUCUGCAUCCGAAAAGCCGGAGACUGAAGAACAGGCUCGGGUUUUAGAUUCCGAACCUGCCAGGAAUGAGCCGGUGGUUGAGGAGACCAAUAAAACGGACGCAUAUCUUAGUUCAAGGGACCCUGCUGAGGCUAAAGAAGCUUCAAUAAUGGGUGAUGCUCCCGAGUCCGAGGAUCCUUCGACUACGGAAGUUAUCUUGGAGCUACCGGCGACUGUGCAAGAAGAAACAUCCUCCCUAGAUGACUUGCAGGACCAAGGAGCGCCCUCGGUAGCCAUCAAGGUUGCUGUUUUGGAAGGUGAUUUGAGCUUUGUUCCUCCCGAGGCAACCUCAAGUUCUGUCCAGGUUCCGAUUCCUGGAGAAACCGAUCGCGAGCCAGAGCAUCAAGUCAUUUCAGGUUCUCAAGAGGCUCCCAUCCAGGCGGAAAUCCUACUUCCACCAAAAACUAUAGUUCCAGAGGAGAGUUCGAUCUCAGAAGAUCUCAUGGCGGAACCAGUCCCGGUUCUACAUGAAGACUCUGGCUCAGAACCGGACCACGACAGCUCUUUUGCAUCUUCGCCUGAAUCUUUCCAUUCUGUCGAUAUUCCUUCAUUUCGGGUAGAGCACUCUUCCCAUACAACUUCUGCGGAUGCUGCCUCCCGCUCAGGACCUUCUGUUGCUACCUCUGUGGCCGAGUUCGCUGCAAAGCAGGCUUCUAUGGCCGAGUCACCUGAUCAUGAUCUCCUACCAGGAACGGAUGUUACCAAUGUCCGCCACUCGCCCGAGGUUGAAACUUCGCUGCCGGAACUUAGGAUGCCAAAGUACAUUGUUCGAGAGGACCCGCCAAAGAAAUCGUCAUCGAGCAUUCCCUCAGGCAAGAAAUUGGCCGUCACUCAUGCAACAUCGCCCGUCACGGAUUUCCACCAUAUGAGUACUGAAUUCCGUCGCCGGGCACAGGCAACCAGACGACGUGAUGUCUCCCCUAUGCCGCCAUCUUCUACUAUUUACCAAUCUGCCCCGAACGACCACGCUUCUUCUCUCCUUUCAAAGGCAUUGUCACUCGUCCUGGUACCGCCCAUCCAUCUUUUCAUAAUUUUGCUCCAUGUUGCGGCUCGCAUUGUCAUUAGCCCCGCUCGCAACUCUACUCUUGUGGAUUCUAGCUCAGGAUCCCAAUCAUCUAAUAAUGAUCCAGACACUGAAGAUGACUUCAGUUUCCCCUUGGAACGCGAGCCUUCUUCUGAAUAUGAAGACGCGGCAAUGUCCCGGAAGCUGGAUCCCUGGGAUCUCGACUAA